CGCACCGCCCCCCGCAGCAGCGUGUGUGGGGCCGCCGGCUGGGGCUCUGGUGCCGGUCCCUGCGGAGGGGACAGCGCGGUGCUGGCGGCGGGGACAAGCGCUGACAAGAUCAGGUGCUCUCCUUCAUCCGGCUCUGCCAUCCUCGUUUUCCCCUCCACGCCUGCAUCUUUUCGGAGGUGCCCCAGAGGAGAGACCGUCUGCCUGCUGUCUGGCUCUGGGGAAGGAACAGUCACGAAACAGAGAUGGAAAUGUGGCAGUGGUCUCUAGGCACAGGGCAUAAGUAGACAGACUGCAGGCCCUGUGAUUGUCAUCUGGAAUAAACAUUAGAAGGAAGUCGUGAGACAAAUGUAAAUCCUCGUACCUGGUGAUGUAAAUUCAAGGGAGUGAAGAACUGCCGUGACACAGAUAUAAAUCUCUUUGCAGACGGUGGCUGUGGGCUCCAGGACAGCUGCUCUCUCUUCACAGAGCUGUAUAGUGACCUCUCAUCCCUGAGAACAGCAUUUCUGGAGCCUGCUGACAGCCUCUGCUACUCAGUCUUACCAAACACAAUGUCAGGCCAUCACACUCCCUCUGCUGGGGGUCCCUUCUCAGCACUCACUCCCAGCAUUUGGCCUCAGGAGAUCCUCGCAAAAUACACACAGAAAGAAGAAUCCAUUGAGCAGCUGGAGUUCCACUAUGAUGAAUUUGGCUUUCGAGUUGAUAAGGAAGACGGUGCUGAGCCAAACUCCAGCAAGCUUCUGGGGGUCCCACUGACGGAGGAGCCACAGCAGAGGCUCAAGUGGCAGGCUCAUCUGGAAUUCACACACAACCAUGACGUGGGUGACCUCACCUGGGACAAAAUUGAGGUCACCCUACCACAUUCAGACAAGCUGCGCUCCCUGGUGCUAGCUGGCAUACCACACAGCAUGAGGCCACAGCUGUGGAUGCGCCUCUCCGGAGCCUUGCAGAAGAAGAGGAGUUCAGAAAUGUCAUAUCGGGAUAUCGUGAAAAACAGCUCUAAUGAUGAAACCAUUGCUGCCAAACAGAUUGAGAAGGACUUGCUCCGCACGAUGCCCAGCAACGCCUGUUUCUCCAACAUGAACAGUAUCGGGGUGCCGCGGCUACGCAGGAUACUACGGGGACUUGCCUGGCUCUACCCAGAUAUUGGAUAUUGCCAAGGCACUGGCAUGGUGGCUGCCUCUCUGCUGCUCUUCUUGGAGGAGGAAGAUGCCUUCUGGAUGAUGUGUGCUAUCAUUGAGGAACUGGUUCCUGCCUCCUACUUCAGCACCACUCUGAUGGGAGUGCAGACAGACCAGCGUGUCCUGCGACAGCUCAUCGUGCAGUACUUGCCCCGCCUGGACAAGUUGCUCCAGGAGCAUGACAUUGAGCUCUCCUUGAUCACCUUGCACUGGUUCCUCACCUCUUUUGCUAGUGUUGUCCAUAUCAAGCUGCUGCUGCGUAUUUGGGACCUCUUCUUCUACCAGGGGUCUUUGGUGCUGUUCCAGCUCACUUUAGGCAUGCUCAGUUUGAAGGAGGAUGAGCUAAUCCAGUCGGAGAACUCUGCCUCAAUCUUCAACACGCUCUCGGACAUCCCAAGUCAGAUGGAAGAUGCAGAUGUGCUGCUGCGGGAGGCGAUGCGCGUGGCUGGCUCCCUGACAGAUGUGGCGGUGGAGACCCAGCGUCGCAAACACUUGGCCUACCUCAUUGCUGACCAAGGACAGCUGCUCAACUCCAGCACCACUGUCAACAAUUUAUCCAAAGUUGUGCGGCGCAGGACUCAGCGCAGGAAAUCUGGCAUCACCUCUCUGCUUUUUGGGGACGAUGAUCUGGAGGCACUGAAAGCCAAGAACAUCAAGCAGACAGAGUUGGUGGCUGACCUGCGUGAGGCCAUUCUCCAGGUGGCACGGCACUUCCAGUGUGUGGAUCCAAAGAACUGCAGCAUUGACCUGACUCCAGACUACAGCAUGGAGAGCCACCAGCAGGACCACGAGAACUACGUGGCCUGUUCCCGCACCCGACGGCGUCGUGCCAAGGCACUGCUGGACUUUGAGCGCCAUGACGAUGACGAGUUGGGUUUCCGCAAGAACGACAUCAUUACGAUCAUUUCCCAGAAGGAUGAGCACUGUUGGGUGGGAGAGCUGAAUGGACUGAGAGGUUGGUUCCCUGCAAAAUUUGUGGAGAUCUUGGAUGAGCGGAGCAAAGAGUACUCCAUUGCUGGAGAUGACUCAGUCACAGAAGGGGUGACAGACUUGGUGCGAGGGACGCUGUGUCCAGCCCUGAAGUCCAUAUUUGAACAUGGGUUGAAGAAGCCAUCUCUGCUGGGGGGAGCCUGCCAUCCCUGGCUCUUCAUUGAAGAGGCUGCAAGCCGGGAAGUGGAACGGGACUUUGACUCCGUGUAUUCUCGCCUUGUGCUCUGCAAGACUUACAGGCUCGAUGAAGACGGCAAAGUCCUCACUCCAGAGGAGCUGCUUUACCGGGCAGUUCAGGCUGUGAACAUGACACACGAUGCUGCACAUGCACAGAUGGAUGUGAAACUUCGUUCCCUCAUCUGCGUUGGGCUCAAUGAGCAGGUGCUGCAUUUGUGGCUGGAGGUGCUGUGCUCAAGCCUGCAGACCGUGGAGAAAUGGUUCCAUCCCUGGUCGUUCCUGCGGAGCCCUGGUUGGGUGCAGAUCAAAUGUGAGCUGAGAGUCCUCUGCAAAUUUGCCUUCAGCCUCUCUCAGGACUGGGAGCUGCCAAUAAAGAGGGAGGAGAAGGAGAAGAAGCCACUCAAGGAAGGGGUGCAGGACAUGCUCGUGAAGCACCAUCUCUUCAGUUGGGACAUAGAUGGGUGACCCCCACCCCACCCCAUCCUGGGGAACCUUCUAGAUGGCACACACUCCUGUCCCCCACCCCCAUCGUGUCUCACCCCCUGCCCUCCCCCACCCCACCCACUUGUAUCUGUGACAAAAUCCCCCUCGGGGGAUGCUGCCAGGCCACCUGGGACAGAUGGCAGCAGCACUGCGUACUUGAGGGAAGCGAUGGUCAAGUGUGAUGCUGCAAAGGGACAAAUGUGUUCUGGCCACAAAAAACAAGUGCCCCCUUCCCAACCUCCCCCAUCUCCCCCACCUCCAUUUUCUUCUUGCCUCAGCCCUGCCUCACCCCCCCCCCAGUGGCUGGGGGAGCAGCCUGGCCCACAGGCCCCUGCACACUGUCCCAGGGAUGUGGGGAACAGCAGCUGUGUGGGUGUGUGAGCACAUCUGCUGCUGUGCCUUGGGGCAGAGGCAGGCCCUGCGGGGUGGCUUUGAUCCAGGAGAGCCGGUCCGGUCCAUGGUCAGGUGGCACUGUGGGUGCUGGUGAGAGACUGGGGGAGCAAGGGAUACCCCCUGUGCCACGCAAGGGCUGCUGGGGAAAGGGAUGGCAAAACCUGAGGACUCAGACAAGAUCCUGUGCCCUGAAGCCGGGACUGAGACGGGGGAACUGGGAUCAGCCUCAGCCCAACUCCCUGGUCCUGGGGUGUGGGGUGUUGACAAGAGGUGCCCAACUGCACCAACCACUGUAACAGCCUUAGGGGGUAGACCUUGUCUCCUCUGGGAGCAGACAAAAAAACACCUCUCCCCUAAACAAAGUGUUUCAUGCUGUCAUUUUAGUUUCUGGAUUAUUUUUACUGUUAACCAAAAAGCUGUAAAUUAACUCCAAGUGUAUAUUUUGGCACUGUUGUAGCUCAGGACGGGGUUUGGGUUGGAGCUGGCUCAGGGAGACUAACUUGUCCUCAUUGCCCUUGGGUGGCAGUGGGGGAUGUAGGUCAGGAGUGGAGAAAUGCUGCUUUAUGGUGGUGGCUCUGGGUAUGGAGUCUGUGACUUUCUACUGAAAGCGUUUGUCUGUGAGCACAAACUACUCAUGAAAUGACACUAGAUUCUUACUUUCCUUUAUUCGGUGGGUUUGUAAAUAAAAGCGCAUCUUGGGAGA